GUCGAAGUUAUUCUCAUUUCUUCGCAAAUAGCGUCUUUCUCACUCGAAGCCUCUUUCUGCUUCGAUCCAAGACCUAGAAGAGAGUUUCUUCCCGAAUCUCUGUGCUCUAUCCAAUCGCCGAGACAAUGGGUUCCGAUGCAGAUAUGGAGGAUUAUGGGUUUGAGUACUCAGACGAGGAGCCUGAAGAGCAGGAUGUUGACAUUGAAAACCAAUAUUACAACUCAAAAGGUUUGGUUGAGACUGACCCAGAAGGAGCACUUGCUGGUUUUGCUGAAGUAGUUCGGAUGGAACCUGAGAAGGCUGAGUGGGGAUUCAAAGCUUUAAAGCAGACUGUGAAGCUCUACUAUAAAUUGGGGAAGUAUAAAGAAAUGAUGGACUCUUACAGGGUGAUGCUAACAUAUAUCAAAUCAGCUGUGACACGAAACUACAGUGAGAAAUGCAUAAACAAUAUUAUGGAUUUUGUUUCUGGAUCAGCUAGUCAGAACUUUAGUCUCUUGCAAGAGUUUUAUCAGACCACCUUAAAGGCACUAGAAGAAGCAAAAAAUGAGAGGCUUUGGUUUAAGACAAAUCUAAAGCUCUGCAAGAUUUGGUUUGAUAUGGGUGAAUAUGGAAGAAUGAGCAAGAUUUUGAAGGAACUGCACAAAUCUUGUCAAAAAGAAGAUGGCACAGAUGAUCAAAAGAAGGGAACACAAUUGCUGGAGGUGUAUGCAAUUGAGAUUCAAAUGUACACCGAGACGAAGAAUAAUAAGAAACUCAAGCAACUAUACCAAAGGGCCCUUUCAAUCAAGUCAGCAAUACCCCAUCCUAGAAUCAUGGGAAUUAUUCGAGAGUGUGGUGGAAAAAUGCACAUGGCAGAACGUCAGUGGGCCGAUGCAGCUACGGAUUUCUUUGAAGCUUUUAAGAACUAUGAUGAAGCUGGGAACCAGAGACGUAUCCAGUGCCUAAAAUAUUUGGUUCUGGCAAAUAUGUUGAUGGAAUCUGAAGUUAACCCAUUUGACGGUCAAGAGGCAAAGCCAUAUAAAAAUGACCCAGAGGUUUUGGCGAUGACUAAUCUGAUAGCUGCAUAUCAACGGAAUGAGAUAUUGGAAUUUGAGAAAAUCCUCAAGACAAAUAGAAGGACAAUAAUGGAUGAUCCUUUUAUCCGAAAUUACAUUGAAGAUCUCUUGAAGAAUGUCAGGACCCAAGUGUUGCUUAAGCUCAUAAAACCUUACACAAGGAUUCGUAUCCCCUUCAUAUCAAAGGAGCUUAACGUUCCAGAGAAAGAUGUUGAAGAAUUGUUGGUUUCUCUAAUCCUGGAUAAUCGAAUCCAUGGGCACAUCGAUCAAGUCAACCGGCUAUUAGAGCGCGGUGACAGGUCAAAGGGUAUGAAGAAGUACACAGCCAUAGAUAAAUGGAACACACAGCUCAAAUCCCUCUAUCAAACUAUCGGCAACCGGGUAUCUUGAGAUUGAUCUAUAAAGACACAGGAAUGAUUCUACCAUCUUUAUUGAGAAGAAAGUGGUCCUAGGACACUUGAGAUUUUGCUGUCAUGGUUGAUUCCCAUAGAAUGUGUACCUACCUUUUUUGUUAAAGCAUUUGAAUCUCAGUUGAUUGUAUAAGCUGUGGGUUAAGAUAAUUAACUAACUAGCUCUUAGUGUCAUGUCACAUAAUUUUGUUUUUGCUCUGCAAUUGUUGAUAUCUAGGUGGGGAUCUUGUCUUGGGGCUCUUUGAACUUGAAGCUGGAAAAUUUUUCCGAUCUCUCAUUACAGUACGUGGAUGGUAUUCGGCAUUAAA